CUCCUGGCCUGUGCCAGCCAGAUGUUUUUCUCUUUCACGUUCGGCUUCACUCACUUCUUCCUGCUCACUGUCAUGGGCUAUGACCGCUACGUGGCUAUCUGCCACCCCCUGCGCUACAACGUGCUCAUGAGCCCCCAAGGCUGUGCCUGCCUGGUGGGCUGGGCCUGGGCUGGUGGGUCGGUCAUGGGGUUGGUGGUGACUGUGGCCAUUUUCCAACUCACUUUCUGUGGACCCAAUGAGAUCCACCAUUUUGCUUGCCAUGUGCCACCCCUGUUGAAGUUGGCCUGUGGAGAUGAUGUACCGGUGGUGGCCAAGGGCGUGGGCUUGGUGUGUAUCACGGCCCUGCUGGGUUGUUGUCUCCUCAUCCUCCUUUCCUAUGCAUUAAUCGUGGCUGCCAUCUUGAAGAUCCCAUCCGCAGAAGGUCGGCAUAAGGCCUUCUCCACGUGUGCCUCUCACCUCACUGUGGUGGUUGUUCAUUAUGGCUUUGCCUCUGUCAUCUACCUCAAGCCCAAGGGUCCUCAGUCUCUGGAAGGAGACACCCUGAUGGGCAUUACCUACACAGUCCUCACACCCUUCCUCAGUCCCAUCAUCUUCAGCCUCCGGAAUAAAGAACUGAAGAGCGCCAUGAAGAAAACCUUCUUGAGCAAACUCUGUCCAGAAAAAAUAUAAUGAUCUGGGAGA